AUGACUUCCAACGUUACCAACGGCACUAGCUCCUCCCCAGCAUUUAAUACUUCCUCUACAAUUCCCUUAUGGUUAGACGGAAAGGAAGUCAAGCUAUCUUCCACCUUCGAUGUUGUCUCCCCGCUUGAUCACAAAACACUCUAUCAAUGUUCUUCAGCCAGUGAAGAAGAUGCUCUAAAAGCGGUGGCUGCGGCCGAGAAGGCCUUCCAAUCCUGGUCCCAAACCAAGCCCUCAAGGCGAAGGGAGAUCUUUCUCAAAGCCGCAGAUGAAUUCAAACGAAGAAGAGAUGAACUCAAACACUACAGCCACAGCGAAACUGGCGCAUCCGAGUCCAUGUUUGCCUUUGAACACAACCUUGCCUAUGAAGCCUGCCUAAGUGUUGCAGGCUUGGUCCAAGUUGCUACCACUUCUACAAUGCCCGUCGUCCAGGAAGAGGGCAGCAGCGCCAUGCUCAUCAAGGAACCAUAUGGAGUCGUCUUGGGCAUCGCUCCGUGGAAUGCUCCCAACGUCCUGGGUUUGCGUGCUUGUCUACAGCCACUAGCUAUGGGCAAUACUGUCAUCCUCAAAGGCCCAGAAGCGGCCCCAGCAACCUAUUGGGGUAUUGCUUCAAUCCUCCACAAUGCUGGUCUCCCCGCUGGCUGCUUAAACACCAUAUACCACCGACCCGCCGAUGCUGCCAAGGUCACCAGUGCUCUCAUCAACCAUCCAGCAAUCAAGAAAAUCAAUUUUACGGGCUCAACCGCUGUCGGCUCGAUCAUUGCCUCCCUGGCCGGCAAGGCUCUCAAACCCACCGUCAUGGAACUGGGCGGUAAAGCACCGUCAAUCGUCUGCGAGGAUGCUAAUGUCCAAACCGCAGCUCUCCAAUGCGCGCUGGGCUCCUUCCUGCAUGCUGGUCAGAUCUGCAUGGCUACCGAACGAAUUCUCGUCAAUGCUAAAAUCGCGGAUGAAUUCCGAUCAGCUCUGCAGGGCACCAUGGACCAAGUUUUCAGCGAGCAGGGUAUGGGUGUACCCCAGCUCGUGACUGCUGCGCCCGUCGAAAAGAACAAGAAGCUUCUCGCGGAUGCCCUCUCGAAGGGUGCGACCACACUCUACGGCGACCCCAAUCACACCGAAGCUUCGACAACCAAAAUGCGACCGGUCAUCAUCGAGAACGUCAGGCCUGGCAUGGAUAUCUACCACACCGAAUCAUUCGGCCCGACGGUGUCUCUGUACGUCGUCAACUCGGACGAGGAGGCCAUUGCUAUUGCCAACGACACCGACUAUGGUCUAUCCAGCGCUGUCUUCACCGAAGACCUCCGCCGAGGCCUCAAGAUCGCCAAGCAGAUCGAGUCAGGCGCGGUUCAUAUCAAUUCCAUGACUAUCCACGACGAAUCCGCUUUGCCGCAUGGCGGAGUUAAGAAGAGUGGGUUCGGACGCUUCAAUGGCGUACAGGGUCUGGACGAGUGGGUGAGGACUAAGGUCAUUACCUGGAAAGAUUGA